AUGGGAUUGCGUUGUGUUGAAGAAAGAGACAAAGCAGUUUCGCUUGGACUCACUUCGGCAAUCUUAAAGUUUGGCGCUGUGAUUCCAAGUCCAAUCGUGUUCGGUUAUAUCUUUGAUCGUUCUUGUAUUUUAUGGGGUCAAACUUGCUCGAAAAAUGGUAAUUGUUGGCUUUAUGAUAAUGACGUCAUUAAAUAUACAUUUAAUGUAACUGCUGGAAUUUUCACUAUGAUUGGCACAUUUUGGGAUGUUGGGACUUGGUACUACGCAAAAGAUGUCGAAAUAUUUGAUGCUGAAUUAAAGGAUGUGAAAGAAAGUGACGAGAAAUAA